AUGAAUGAAUCACAUGAAACAACAACUACAUUGCCAGAUUUUGACUACACUUGGACCAUUUGCGACCAAUUCCGGAUAAAUAUGGAUUCGUCUGGUACACAACAAAAUUCUACUGGGACGACCGGUGGAAAUGUUAUCGUAUUGAAUAAUAAUGAUUUUCUGCAACAACGAACGAGUCUUGGGAAUGGACAACAGAUUAUUCUUAAAGCAAAUACAUCACCGACAGCUAAUACAACAACGACGGCACUACCACAAGGACAAAUUCUUCAAACAGCUGAUGGCCAGUUGAUUAUUUUACAAAGUGCUGAACAGCCACAACAACAGCAAACACAAUACGUUCAAGUUGGUGGACAAAUUUUACAAUUGAGUAAUGUUCAAACAACACAACAACCACAAACGAUAACUAUUCCAGCUGGUGCUCUUCAACUUGGUGGUAAUGGACAACAAAUUGUACAAUUAGCCACACCAACAAAAACUCAAACUGCAACGACGGCCAAUUCACAAAAUGGAACUAUUAUCAUGAUGGUGCCAGGCAAUUCCGGACAAUUGCAAGCUGUUCAAAUGCAACAAAAUAGCUUGACGACAGCAGCUGCAGCGGCAGCAACUUCAGCUCAGACAACUGUAGCAUCCGAGCCCACAGAAGAAGAACCAUUGUAUGUGAAUGCUAAGCAAUAUAAUCGAAUAUUGAAACGACGUGCUGCUCGUGCUAAACUCGAAGCAGAAGGACGAAUUCCACGCGAACGUAAACGUAAAUUUCUACACGAGUCCCGCCAUCGACAUGCAAUGAAUCGUGUUCGUGGUGCCGGUGGUCGUUUUGCUCCAGGAUCGAAACAGAAGGCCUAA